GCGGCGCCGGUCCGCGCGCCCCUUGGGGCCGCCCCCGCAUCCCGCUCGCCGGCGUCUGGCUCUCAAGAUGAUGAAGAAGAAGAAGUUUAAGUUUAAGGUGGACUUUGAGCUCGAGGAGCUCUCCUCGGUGCCCUUCGUCAAUGGGGUCCUCUUCUGCAAGAUGCGGCUGCUGGACGGCGGCAGCUUCACCGCGGAGUCCCCCAGGGAAGUGGUGCAGGCAAACUGUGUUCACUGGAGAAAGAAGUUCUCAUUUAUGUGCAAAAUGAGUGCAAGUGCCACCACAGGCAUCCUGGAUCCUUGUAUCUACAGAGUAUCUGUGAGGAAGGAAUUAAAAGGUGGAAAAGCUUAUGCAAAGCUGGGCUUUGCAGAUCUAAACCUGGCAGAGUUUGCUGGAUCAGGAAAUACCACUCGUCGCUGUUUACUGGAAGGCUAUGAUACCAAAAAUACAAGACAGGAUAAUUCCAUUCUUAAAGUUUUGAUCAGUAUGCAGCUGAUGUCUGGAGACCCAUGUUUUAAAACGCCUCCUUCUACAUCAAUGUCUCUACCAAUUGCUGGUGAAUCUGAAUCUCUGGAAGAAGAUAGAAAAGGUGGAGAGACUCUCAAAAUCCAUCUUGGAAUAGCAGAUCUUUCAGCAAAGAGUGCCUCUGUUCCAGAUGAACUUGGUGCCUGUGGACAUUCUAGAACAUCAAGCUAUGCAAGCCAGCAGUCAAAAGUAUCAGGGUAUAGCUCGUGCCACUCCCGGUCAUCUAGCUUCUCUGACCUCUGCCACAGGAGAAAUACCUCAGUGGGAAGCACAUCAACAGGAAUUGAAAGUAUUCUAGAGCCCUGUGAUGAAAUUGAGCAAAAAAUAGUUGAACCAAAUCUUGAUACAGCUGGCAAAGAAGAUACCGCUUCAGAACCGUUCAACAGAUGCCCAGUGAAGCAAGAUUCUGUAGAAUCUCAGCUGAAGCGAGUUGAUGACACCAGAGUGGAUGCAGAUGAUAUUGUAGAGAAAAUACUGCAGAGUCAAGACUUCAGCCUAGAUUCCAGUGCAGAAGAAGAAGGACUGAGGUUAUUUGUGGGUCCCGGGGGAAGUACGACCUUCGGCAGCCAUCAUCUUCCAAAUAGGGUGGGGUCUGGAGCUUAUGAACAAGUUGUGAUCAAACGCUAGAAGUCAAGCUGGUGAACUGAAGCUUCUUCCCUGGGGGUUUGAGACAUGGGCAAUCAAGCUGUCAAGGCACUUCAUUCAAGCACUUAUGAGAAAAUGAACAUAUUUGAAACAUGAAGCACGUUCCUCUAUCAAGAGGAAAGCCAACACUGAUUCCUUCUGUGAAAGUGUGCGCCACCAUCCUGUCCCACCCACCAAAAGGGAACAUCAGAACAGUAGUAUCCAGGUGCUGUGCCACGUGUGUUUAGAGGCACACAGCUUCUGUGGUCACUGCACAUGAUAGUGAAAGCCUGCUCUUUCUUUUGAAACAGCCAGGUGGGGAAAACAACAUUAUACGUCUGAGUAUAGCUCAGUCCUGAAGUGUAAAACCUGUAGUAGAGGUAGGUGCUCAACAGGUUUGGGCUCUAAUUAUUUAAUUUUAAUGUUUGGGAGAUAGUAAGUGAAUGUCUUGAACCCUAUAAAUUCUGUCAAGAUAGUUACAAUCUCUUAAGGAUAUCUUCCAUAAUAUUAUAUACUACCUAUGGUAUUGUACUAGGUUUAUUAACUCUUCUUGGUUAAAUAAUUGAUAGAAAGUUUGGGUGUUCAUCCUUCGGGGAAAUGCUAUACUACAGUCAAAGCGUGGAGAAUGCUUAAUUCUAAACGUAUCCGUCACAAGUGGAAUAAGCGUGUUUAAGUCUGAGAUGUGUGAAUGAGUGUAACGCCAUUAUUAUGCAGCAUGCAUUGUUACUUGUUAAUGUUAGAUGAGCUGCACAACUCCCGCUAGCGCUAUAUAUGAGUUUCAAGCUAAGUUUAAUAUUCAAUAUGGUAGGCUCCCAUGAGGCACCUUAAGAGCUGUUCUAUUAUUCACUGAAUAAUAUCUGCUGGUUUCAGGAGUCAAAAUUCAGAACAGGAGAAAAACCUUAGCAUCAAAAACCAAGCAGCCUUUUCUGUGUAAGUUCAGACUUAUCUGAAACUGAAAAUUGUUCCAAGGAGGUGGCAGAUAAGACAGGGGACAGCUGCUUGACAUUACUGACAUAGACUCGUGAUUUUCUAUUUUAACUCCCCACUAUGGGAUAGUGUGUUUUUUCCUUUACUAUAACAGUUGUUGUUUUGAGACAAUAAAAUAUAACAUAAUCCAAUGCAGCUUUUCAAGUAUUAUCUGAUCUGGAUCCAGUUUAACAAGCUCGAAAGAUAGAUCAUCUUUUUAUCAGGUGGGAAGAGUUUUUCUGGUCUUACAUGACGAGUUUUAAUUUUCUUGGAAUCAUUCAGUUACUGAAGAAAAAUGUAGAUUCUUUAGAACCAGUAAUUCCCAGUCCUUACUUUCAAAACCAUGUCAAAAAAAAUGUGGUAUGUUUGAAUAAUUUUGGUCUAGGUAUUUUUGUUUUGGCAAAGUAAAGGGAAAACAUAUUAAAAUAUUUCAAUACCCAAAUUUAAAGGUUUAGAAAAAUUUGAGUAGUUCAUGUUACAGUUUUCGGUUUUUUAACAAUUUAAGGAUUAGGUAUUCCAAAUUAAUCCAGUACUACUGUUGCACCUAGAUAUUUUUUAAAAGGUUAAAAUUCCAUUUUAGAAUAUUUUGAAUGUUGAGAGAUAAGGUUUUCUGAGUCGUUACUAAUACUUUUGUUGUUUUGUUUUGAAAGGAAAAAAUGUGACCUGAACAUUUUAGUCUAACCAAGGAAAAUGUUAGCUGAAGUGGUAAAGACUUGCUUGCUCUCUGUGAUUAACAAGUGAGUUGAUCCGUCCAUUAUAUAUUAUGGGGGUGUGGCGGGGGUGGGGGGGGUGUCAAAGUAUUUAACAGAGAUAAGAAGGUAGUGUUGGAGAUAUUUAUGAUGUAUUAAAAACAUAUUUUUCUAUUUUCCAAAUAUUAUUUCUAGACUAUAUUUUUCAUUGGCACUAAUGCAAAUAAUUUUGCAGUUUUGAAAAUAAGAACUAUAGAUUGUAAGCAAGGUUCAGGGAAGACAUUCUUCAGAUAUGUAAAACAUGCUGUAAUCCAGGCAUUGUCCAUCUUGCCUGCGCUCAGCCUGAUACCUUUAUACAAGACUGACUCCCAGUAUUUAAAAUGAUACGGAAUUAUUUUUUAAAAACAAAAUGUGGAAAUCUUGAAAUGCAUAAAUAUCAUAGCUUUAUAAUUUUAGCCACCAGAUACAUCUUGAUUUAUGUAGUAGAAAAUCAUUUUAUUUUUUAAUGUUUAUUUUUGAGAAAGAGUACGUGCACUCGCGCACACACAUGUACUGUGCAAGUAGGGGAGGGGCAGAAAGAAAGGGAGAGAAAGAGAAUCCCAAGCAGGCUCUGCACUGUCAGCACACAGCCAGAUGCAGGGGCUCAAACUCAUAGGGGCUCGAACUCACAAACUGUGAGACGAUGACCUGAGCGGAAAUCAAGAGUCCAACACUUAACCGAAUGAGCCACCCAGGCACCCCAGAAAUCAUUUUAAUAAAUAGAAAAAUUGAUUAGGGAAAAAUCAGUGCAAGUCUGGUUUCAUAUUAUUUUGUGUUGAAUUGGGAUACUUUCCAAUCACAUUUCAUUACAGUCCUCUGAAAAUAUUUGUUAAAGUUCACUUAAGUGUCUGCCUUACUUUUCUGGUUUUUCUUAGAACAUGUAACCAUGUAACUACUGAAAAAUAUUGCCUUUUAAAUACCAAGUGCACUUUUGGUUCCAUUUGGAGUUUAGAAAAUUGGAUUUGAAAAAAUGGAUUUUAAUAAAUUGAUUUUUAAUAUUAAAAUCAAAUUUCAAAUCACCCAGUCUUAGAGAAUUUGCAGAUAUAUAACCUUGUCUUUCUAAUCCUAUCCUAGAGAAACAUAAUGGCAUAUUAAAGCUAUAUAUUUGUGGUUAGAUACAGAAAUCUUAAAUACCUUGUUUGGGGGAAGUACAGAAGCUGGUCAGGAGCCCACUUCCCAUGACUUGAGCUGGUAACUGAGACCAGAGCGGAUGUGAAGGGGGCAGGCAGAGCAGCCCUAGGCCAUCAGUUUGCAUUCUGAUGGUUGACUCCCCUUUGUGGUGUUGAAGGCUUCCAUAUACAAGCAACCGAUAUGGAUUAGUACUUAAAAUCUGAGAAAGUCUUGACCAAAAAUCCUGAAGUCCAUCAUCCCAUUCCAGGAAAUACCAUGAGAGUAAUGUUAUCCAAACUAGAUUCUUCUGUUUUGUUUUGCUUUUCAUGAAAACUGUGAGCCAUCAAGAUCCACCACCUUAGCCCAUUUGUUUCUAGAAAGAAAACAAAUCCUCAGCGAACCACCAACCAAAACAUAAAACAUCCAGAAGUAAUUUUAGACUGAGAUUUCCAUGCCAACUAGAUCACUUUGCAAGCUCAAGCUGACAGUAUUAAAUACUUCAUUUAAAAAAAUUAAAAAUUAAAAAAAUACUUCAUUUAAGUACUCUGAACUGUUAGGCUUCCUAAGACUUUUAUAAUAUGCUUGAAAGAAACUGGGCUCAUAUGAUGGGGUUGCAUUUUGUUUUAACAGGUCAAACUGGGACAGUUCAGAAAUUAUACUUGGUCAAUUCUUAGAUGGUACGUCAUGUGAAUAUAGUCAAGUACUGUAACUGAAAUUGUUAUGCCGCUUUCUGUGUUGGCUUAGGUACUAUGCAUAAUUUUAAUAGCCAAGAUGUUUAAGAAUAUGAACUCUAAAAAUAUAAAGGAUGAAAUUAAGCCUGUUAACCUUAUUUUAAGACUACUCUGGAAACAAAGGCCUUAUUAUUACCUUAUAUGUGAUUUUUCGUAAGAUAAUAUAUACAUAGUAUAUUUUAAUCAUGUGAGUGGUCUCUAGCUACUCCCUGUAUGACAAAGCUGGCAAAAUUUUUUAUUUACACAGACAGCAUAGUCUGCAUUUACAAAUGUUUAUGUUCAUCUUAU